CCCUACGCUCAUUUCAUCCAUCGUUAUUGUAAAGUGUAAAGUUUAGUUUUAUAAACUAUAAUUUACGUUUACUUACGUACGAAUUAAGUAAACUAUAAUUAUAUUUAAGGAAAAUGAUUAAAAUGAAUAUUAAAACAGAUAUAAACAGCACUGAAACUUACCAAAAAUUAUUUACGAAGCUUGAAAACCCAGAUGUUGUUUAUCAAAACUACGUAAAAAAACUGGCCAAAUAUCAUUUCCAAGUAAAAGCUAUAAUACAGGACAUAUUAGAAUGCAGAGAUUCUAUGGAAGCUUUAAAUGAAUUAAAUGAGAAAGGCAGGGCAAUGAUAAAUCAAUUGAGAGACGAAUUAGAAAGCUUAGAAUUAUAUGGAAAAGACAGUGGUGACCAAAAAUAUAUUGUGGAAUUAGAAUCACAAAGACAUUUGUUGGCAGGCUUACUUAAGGAAUUCAAAGAGGCGAAUAUAAGUACAAUGUUUGCUAUAGAGAAAUCACAAAGAGAGGAACUAUUGAAACCGCUAGAACAAGAUGAGUCUGGAAUAAAGCAAAGGAAAAAGAAAGUGGACAGAGAUGGAUUACUCAAAAUGUCAACAGGUGUUACUGAACAAUUGUUGUCUAUUAGUAGACAAUUGGCAGAUACCACACAAAGGAGUCAAGAUACACUUGAUAAUUUAGUUUCUUCUAGUUCCACAGUGCAUGGUACGCAAUCUGAGUUACAAAAUACAGCGAGUACAAUAUCACAGUCUAGCAAGUUGUUGACCAAGUAUGGACGACGAGAGUUCACAGAUAAAGUAAUAAUGUUAUUUGCAUUCCUAUUCUUUUUAGCUGUCUGCUUGUAUAUUGUACAAAAGAGACUGUUUUGAUGGAAAUUUGUAAAUUAUGAAGUGAUAAAUUUAUAAUUAUAAAUAAAUUAUAAGAUAUUAUUUAUUAUUAAUAAAUGUAUUGUGAAUACAGGAUGUAAAUAUUAUUUAUUUGAAUAACAUAUAUUUAAUUCAGAUAAGAGCUUUUUUUUAAUUAAGUACAGCCAAACAGAUUCCACUUUUUUUUUAAAAUCAGUAAUUCAUUCAAUGCAGAGUUCAAAAUCGCUUGUGAAUAUUGUGGUGAUCUGGGGGCCAAUUCUACUAAAUAAAUUUUGUUUAAAUCGAAU